CGGCUGUCUGUUGACUUCCGGGAACGCGGGAGUCGCCGUUGCUCGGAGGGUCGCUAUGGGGGUCCAGGGGUGUUCCAGGGCCCGCUUCGGGGCUGAGGCGCUGCCUUAGGCCCCACCGAGUCUCCCCCAACCCCUUCCAGGCCCAGGCGCAGGCUCCCCGUAGCGCCUUUCGGCAUGGGGGAACCCGAGGAGGUGGUGCCCGGUUCGGGUGCUGUGUUUACGUUUGGGAAAACUAAAUUUGCUGAAAAUAUUCCCAGCAAAUUCUGGUUUAAAAACGAUAUACCUAUAUAUCUUUCAUGUGGAGAUGAACACACUGCUAUUAUUACAGGAAAUAAUAAGCUUUUCAUGUUUGGCAGUAACAACUGGGGUCAGUUAGGAUUAGGAUCAAAAUCGACUGUUAACAAGCCAACGUGUGUCAAAGCUUUAAAACUGGAAAAAGUGAAAUUUGCUGCCUGUGGAAGGAACCACACCCUAGUUUCAACAGAAGGAGGCAAAGUAUACGCCGCUGGAGGAAAUACUGAAGGACAGCUGGGACUUGGUGAUACUGAAGAGAGAAACAGUUUUCAUCUAAUUAGUUUUUUUACAUCCCAGCAUAAGAUUAAACAACUCUCUGCUGGGUCUAACACUUCAGCUGCGCUGACUGAGGAUGGAGAGCUUUUCAUGUGGGGUGACAAUUCUGAGGGGCAAAUUGGUUUACAAAAUGUAACUAGUAUGUGUGUCCCUCAUCAAGUGACCAUUGGAAAACCUAUCUCCUGGAUCUCUUGUGGAUAUUACCAUUCAGCUUUUGUAACAACGGAGGGAGAACUGUACACCUUUGGAGAACCUGAGUGUGGGAAGUUAGGUCUUCCCGGAAAGCUGCUGAUCAAUCACAGAGUGCCCCAGCUGGUGCCUGGAAUUCCUCAGAAGGUGAUCCAAGUAGCUUGUGGUGGAGGGCACACAGUUGUGCUCACAGAGAACGCCGUGUACACCUUUGGGCUGGGACAGUUUGGUCAACUGGGUCUUGGCACUUUUAUUUUUGAAACUUCAGAACCCAAAGCCAUUGAGAAUAUUAAGGAUCAGAAAAUAAGUUAUGUUUGCUGUGGAGAAAACCACACAGCUUUGAUAACAGAUUUAGGCCUUAUGUAUACUUUUGGGGACGGUCGACAUGGAAAAUUAGGACUUGGACUGGAGAGUUUUGCCAAUCAGUUCGUUCCUACUUUGUGUUCUAAUUUUUUGAAGUUUAUAGUACAAUUGGUUGCUUGCGGUGGAUGUCACAUGAUAGUUUUUGCCACUCCACGACUUGAUGUGGCAGAAGACGUUGAGUUAGAUGAAAUAACUGACUGUUGCUUACCUUCAGCUACAUCUCUGUCCGUCAGUGAUCUAACUUCAGGAAACGUACUGCAGAGAUCUUUAUCAGCACGUGUGCGGCGAAGAGAGAGGGAGAAAUCCCAAGACUGUAUUCAAACGACAGGAACACUACCUCCAAUUGCAGGGACUCUCGUACCACCCGUUUGCUUUUCGCCUCGUUCAGUUCCUUUCUGUAUGUCUACAACUAAUCUGCUAGAGAAAAUGAUGCCUGAUAAAGAGGGCCCCAUGCCGCCAAUGGAACCAGAUUAUUUUCUACAUAAAAUAACCAAAGGGAAAGAGACAGACAGUUUUUCAGCAGAGGAUUCAGAAAGCCUUGGAGAAACUACUGAUGUCUUAAAUAUGACACAUAUGAUGAGCCUGAAUUCCAAUGAAAAAUCAUUAAAAUUAUCACCAAUUCAAAAACAAAAGGAUCACGAAUUUUCAGAAGAUGAUGAGCCAGAAGACGUGCAUGAGGAAAUUAAGGAAUAUCUAGAAGGCGAGAAGAAAGCUACAGGAGACAAUAAAAGUGUUCCUGCAGACAACCACAGUGAAACCGACAACUCAGUUAAAAAGGUAUUGACAGCCAUUGAAAAGGACACAAAAGCCAACCGAGAGGAAUGGGCCAUUCAUGAAUACAGUGAAAAUCCAAAAGGAAAUAUGCAUGAUCGUGCAAAGAACAGUUCUUCAGAAAUCCUGGAAAAUAGUAAAUCAACAAAAAAAUCAAAGAAGAUUUUCCUCUUUAAAAAGAUGUCAUUGACGAGCCAGAAAAGUAGAAAGCAGAAUAAUAAUGAGCCAGUCCCAGAGAUAAAAUCAAUAGGAGAUAAAAUAGCUUUUAAAAAGAAUAAGAAAGAUACCAACAAGAACCACAUGGGGCAAAAUCAUCAGGAUACCUCACCCCCAAAUAUGGAGAGAAGGUCAAAAUCUUGUGUAAUACUGUGAAUAUAUGUUUAUGUUUUCAUGGUCACCACACCCAUUGUAAUUUAUACUUGGAAAACAUUUGAGCUCU